CAUCCACUAUGAGAAAGAAGAACUGGAGGGACACCGGACCCUGUACGUCGGGGUCCGGAUGCCACGUCAGAGCCACAGACACCACCGGCCCCACGGCUCCAGACACCGAAAGAGAGAGAGGAGGUCUGGGAGUGAAACCACCCCACAGAGCGAGGAGCCAGAGAAGAGCGCCAGUCACGACACUCCGUCCCAGCGAGUGCAGUUCAUCCUGGGCACGGAGGAGGACGCGGAGCACGAGUCCCACGACCUCUUCACGGAGCUGGACGAGAUCUGUGUGCGUGAUGGGAAGGACGCCGAGUGGAAGGAGACGGCACGGUGGCUGAAGUUCGAGGAGGAUGUGGAGGACGGGGGCGAGCGCUGGAGUAAACCCUACGUGGCCACUUUGUCUCUGCACAGUCUGUUUGAGCUGAGGAGCUGCAUCAUCAACGGGAGCGUGCUGCUGGACAUGAGAGCGGACAGCAUAGAGGAGAUCGCCGAUAUGGUGUUGGACCACCAGGAGGCGGCGCAUGAGCUGGAUGAUACUGUGAGGGUCAAAGUUCGCGAGGCUCUGCUGAAGAGACACAAACAUCAGAACGAGAAGAAGAAGAACCUGAUCCCAAUGGUGCGCUCUAUCACCGAAGGAGCACGCAAGCAGUCCGAGCCGCACAUACCAGGCAGCACCAGCGCUCCUCCUCAGCCCACCACCCAGAGCUCAGAACACAAGAACGGCUCUGCUCCAGAUUCUCACCCAGACCUCAGUAAGGUGGAUCUGCACUUCAUGAAGAAGAUCCCUGAGGGUGCAGAGGCAUCUAACGUCCUAGUGGGGGAGCUGGACUUUUUGGAACGUCCCAUUGUGGCGUUUGUUCGUCUGUCUCCAGCUGUACUGCUCACGGGGCUCACUGAAGUGCCCAUCCCAACCAGGUUUCUGUUCAUCCUGUUGGGUCCUGAUGGUAAGGCUCAGCAGUACCAUGAAAUUGGACGCUCCAUGGCGACCAUAAUGACGGACGAGAUCUUCCAUGACGUGGCGUACAAAGCCAAAGACAGGAGUGACUUGUUGGCUGGCAUAGAUGAGUUUUUGGACCAGGUGACAGUGCUGCCCCCUGGAGAGUGGGAUCCGUCCAUACGCAUCGAGCCGCCCAAAAACGUGCCCUCGCAGGAGAAGAGGAAGAUGCCCUCAGUGUCUAAUGGGACAAUGUGUCCAGUGGAGGAAGAGCACGGUGAGCACCAUGGGCCAGAGCUGCAGAGGACUGGGAGGUUGUUUGGAGGUCUGAUCCUGGACAUUAAGAGGAAGGCUCCGUUCUACCUGAGUGACUACAGAGACGGGCUGAGUCUGCAGUGCGUGGCGUCCUUCUUGUUCCUGUACUGCGCCUGUAUGUCCCCCGUCAUCACCUUUGGAGGUCUGCUGGGAGAGGCCACGGAGGGACGCAUCAGUGCCAUAGAGUCACUGCUGGGGGCGUCUAUGACGGGAGUGGCCUACUCACUGUUCGCUGGUCAGCCCCUCACCAUCCUGGGAAGCACCGGGCCCGUCCUGGUCUUUGAAAAGAUCCUCUUCAGAUUCUGCAGGGACUAUGGCUUGUCCUACCUGUCCCUGCGCACCUGUAUCGGUCUGUGGACAGCGUUCCUGUGCUUGUUGCUAGUAGCGACGGAUGCUAGCUCUCUGGUUUGCUACAUCACGCGGUUCACAGAGGAGGCCUUCGCGGCGCUCAUCUGUCUCAUCUUCAUCUAUGAGGCUCUGGAGAAGCUGUUCCACCUCAGAGAGAUCUACCCCUUUAACGCACACAGCGACCUGGACAAGCUAACACUGGCAUACUGCAGAUGUGCGGAGCCCGAUAACCCCAAUAACAAAACUCUGGAGCUGUGGAAUCAGAAUAACAUCACUGCUGCAUUUGUGCCCUGGUCCAACCUCACGGUCAAGGAGUGCCUGGGUCUUCAUGGUCAGUUUGUGGGCAGUGCCUGUGGACAUCAUGGACCCUACACUCCUGAUGUGCUCUUCUGGUCCACCAUAUUGUUCUUCUCCACCUUCUUCAUGUCAGCGUUCCUCAAGCAAUUCAAAACCAGCAGAUACUUUCCAACUAAGGUUCGGUCGAUGAUCAGUGACUUCGCCGUCUUCAUCACGAUCCUCACCAUGGUCGUCCUGGAUUACAUUGUUGGAGUGCCCUCACAGAAGCUCAAAGUGCCCAGUAAUUUUAAGCCGACUCGGGACGAUCGUGGCUGGCUGAUAAACCCGAUCGGGCCGAACCCCUGGUGGACGGCUCUGGCAGCUGCAAUCCCGGCUCUGCUCUGCACCAUCCUCAUCUUCAUGGAUCAGCAGAUCACCGCAGUCAUCAUCAACCGCAAAGAGCACAAGCUACUGAAGGGCUGUGGGUACCAUCUGGACCUCCUGAUGGUGGGGGUGAUGCUGGCCGUGUGCUCCAUCAUGGGUCUGCCCUGGUUCGUCGCCGCCACGGUCCUGUCCAUCACACACGUCAACAGUCUGAAGCUGGAGUCGGAGAGCUCUGCGCCCGGAGAGCAGCCGCGUUUCCUGGGGAUCCGCGAGCAGAGAGUCACCGGCCUCUUCAUCUUCCUCCUCAUGGGCUGCUCCGUGUUCAUGACCGGAGCGCUGCAGUUUAUACCGAUGCCAGUGCUGUACGGAGUCUUCCUCUACAUGGGAGCGUCCUCACUAAAAGGCAUUCAGUUCUUUGACCGUCUGAAGCUGUUUGGGAUGCCGGCCAAACAUCAGCCUGACUUCAUUUACCUGCGUCACGUCCCUUUAAGAAAAGUGCACGUGUUCACGGUGACGCAGCUCACCUGCCUCGUGCUGCUGUGGGUCAUCAAGACGUCGCCGGCCGCUAUCGUCUUCCCCAUGAUGGUUUUGGCCCUGGUGUUCGUGCGUAAACUGUUGGACCUGUGCUUUUCAAAGAGGGAGCUGAGUUACCUCGACGACCUGAUACCCGAAUGGAAGAAGAAAAAUCUGGAUGACGCCUCAAAAAUUAAAGACGAGGAGUCUCAGAUAAUUCUUCCGUCUAAAUCCGAGGACUCGACGACGGUUCAGAUCGCCAUGGAGACGUGUAAACCUGCACAGACACAAAAAGCACACGACCCCAGGUCUGACCCCUCUGACAUUAAUAUCUCAGAUGAAAUGUCUAAAACUACUGUGUGGAAAGCCCUGAACUCCAACCACAAAGACACGCACAGCUCCAAGAAGAACAAAGGUCACUUCAAGAUCACGUAUGAUGAGUAUGAUGAGUAUGAUGAGUAUGAUGAAUAUGAUGAGUAUGAUGUGUAUGAUGAGUAUGAUGAGUAUGAUGAGUAUGAUGUGUAUGAUGAGUAUGAUGUGUAUGAUGAGUAUGAUGAGUAUGAGUAUAAUGAGUAUGAUGAGUAUGAGUAUGAUGUGUAUGAUGAGUAUGAUGUGUAUGAUGAGUAUGAUGAGUAUGAUGUGUAUGAUGAGUAUGAUGUGUAUGAUGAGUAUGAUGAGUAUGAUGAGUAUGAUGUGUAUGAUGAGUAUGAUGAGUAUGAUGUGUAUGAUGAGUAUGAUGAGUAUGAUGAGUAUGAUGAGUAUGAUGUGUAUGAUGUGUAUGAUGAGUAUGAUGUGUAUGAUGAGUAUGAUGAGUAUGAUGAGUAUGAUGUGUAUGAUGUGUAUGAUGUGUAUGAUGAGUAUGAUGAGUAUGAUGAGUAUGAUGAGUAUGAUGUGUAUGAUGAGUAUGAUGUGUAUGAUGAGUAUGAUGAGUAUGAUGUGUAUGAUGUGUAUGAUGAGUAUGAUGAGUAUGAUGUGUAUGAUGAGUAUGAUGUGUAUGAUGUGUAUGAUGUGUAUGAUGAGUAUGAUGUGUAUGAUGAGUAUGAUAAGUAUGAUGAGUAUGAUGUGUAUGAUGAGUAUGAUGAGUAUGAUGUGUAUGAUGAGUAUGAUGAGUAUGAUGUGUAUGAUGAGUAUAAUGAGUAUGAUGAGUAUGAUGAGUAUGAUGUGUAUGAUGUGUAUGAUGUGUAUGAUGAGUAUGAUGAGUAUGAUGAGUAUGAUGAGUAUGAUGUGUAUGAUGAGUAUGAUGAGUAUGAUGUGUAUGAUGAGUAUGAUGAGUAUGAUGUGUAUGAUGAGUAUGAUGAGUAUGAUGUGAAUAUGAUCAUCUUGGACUGA